AUGUAUAGGUCAAAUUUGUUAGCUCCAGCUAGCCCAUCAAGACAGAGACUGAAGACUGAGCAAAUCCUUGAGGAAGCAAAGAAAAAGAAGGAGGUCUACACAAUUCUUGAAGACGAUGAUGAGUUCGAGGAAUUUGAAGAUUAUGACAACAAGAACUCAGGCGAUGCUGACAUGCAGAUUCAAGAAGACGAUGAUAAAUUAUGGCAAGAAACUUGGGACGAUGAUGAACUUGAUGACAAUUUUAUCGAUAAGUUAAGGAACGAGCUUCAGAAGCAUGCUUAAGAAAUUGAACAAAAGAAUAAAGGCAAGAGAUAUAAUA